GGAUGACUAAAUAUUAAACUUCAUCGCUUAGGAGAGGACCUCACUGCGUACGACGGCGAUGACGCAGAUCAUCAGAUCCAGUCCCGUUCUCGCUUUCAUCGCCUUACAGAUUUCCUUCAUCUUCUUCGCUUCAACUCUCACAUGCACUUCUGGGUCUGAGGAUAGUUGUUAUACCAUUACUGGUAGAGUGAAGAUUCCACCUAGCAACGUUAUUGGUCACACAGAAAAGUUCUCAAAUGUCAAAGUUUUACUCAAUGGAGGGCACAAGAUUACGUUUCUCAGGCCUGAUGGCUACUUUACUUUUCACAAAGUUCCUGCUGGGACUCAUUUGAUUGAAGUGUCUGCAAUGGGCUACUUCUUUUCUCCUGUACGAGUAGAUGUUAGUGCUCGGCAUCGUGGCAAGGUUCAAGCAACACUAACAGAAACCAGGAGGAGUCUUACUGAGAUGGUUUUGGAGCCAUUGAGGGAAGAGCAGUACUACGAGAUUCGAGAGCCUUUCAAUGUUAUGAACAUUGUGAAAAGUCCAAUGGGUCUCAUGGUGGGAUUCAUGGUCGUGGUUGUGUUCCUAAUGCCCAAACUGAUGGAAAACAUAGAUCCAGAGGAGAUGAAGCAAGCACAAGAGGAAAUGAGGAGACAAGGUGUGCCUUCGCUAACGAGCUUGUUGCCAGGCGCUGGGGCUAGCCGCUAAGAAGUUCCCUCGGUUGAGUAAAAUGGAUGUAAUCACGAAAGGAGCAGAGAAAGAAAUGACUCUUUUGAAUUUGGUUAUAACUCUUUUGAGUAUCUCUCUAUCUGACAUGUAAAAAAAGAAGAAGAGGUCUUCUUAUCCUUAAGGGCUUGUUGUAUACUUAAAAUAACACUCUCUAGCUGACUUAUUUUUACUUGAUGUAAUGAGGGAGAAUAUGUAACAUGUUUCAAAUAUUCUGAUUUUACAAAAUC